GUUACGCCAGCGAUGCGUGCUUUUGCCUUUUGCGCCAUCUUCGUUGCGUUUUUCCGAGUUAUAAUACGCGUUAGCCGCGCGGAAGUCUUGUUUUUUCGCAAAUAACGAAAAGUUUAGGUAAAAUAUACAGUAAACGCGUUAUAUAAGUUCUGUAACAAGUGAGAAUCCUGAUAAACGGCUGCAAGCUUAAGUUGCGCCGAAUGGAGCAGCCUGAGCUCAGCCAGUCCAUACCACCUGCAGCAGAAAAAUAUGUAAGCGAAACCUCAGUUCAUGACAUUUUGGUUGAUGGGGCACUGGAGUCAGUGUACAGAAAUGAGGCACUUGGUCCAGAGCAAGCUGAGAAACUUGCACCAUCAGAAGCACCUGCUGAGGACAGCUUUGGAGAGAGCGCAACUCCCUCCAGGCACGCUGGCAUUGAAAAGCGAGAGCCUGUUUUGGGCAAUGUGACGGUACCUGAAUGCAAGACACAAGAAGCAUUGCUAGAAGAAGAAAGAAAAUUUAAUUUAUUGGACAAGGAACUUGAGAAUUUAGUGAAACUAUCUUCACAACGUUCCAAAAACCCACAGAAUGAGGCUGUGCCUGUUGCCAGUCAAGACUUCACAGAAGUGCCAACUCUACUUGGCAAAUCCGUUCCACAAGACGCUCCUGUACAACCAGCUCCACCUAGUAAAACAGUUCAGCCAGAUGUUACUGAAGAAACCGCUCCACCUGGUGAGACAGUUCCAUUAGAUGUUGCUGAACAACCAGCUCAUGCUGCUGGAGCAGUUCCACAAGAUUUUUCUGAACAAGCUUCUUCAUUUGUUGAAGCAGUGUCACAGGAUGUAAUUGAACGAGCUGCCCGAAUUAGUGAAGCAGUUCCAGAAGUUGAACAAUCAGCUCCAUUUGCUGAAGCAGUUCCACAAGAUGUUGAGCAGUCAGCUACAUUUUCUGGAGCAGCGCCACAGAAUGAAGUAGCUGAGCCAGCUGAUGCAGCAACACAAAAUGGGUCAGCAGCUACCUCCGAGCCGGAACUGAGGCGGUCAUCCCGUCCACGGAAACCCUCAGUGCGUAUGAGAUCCCCUGGCGGUGAGACCGUGGAGCGCUCAUCAGAACCUGCAGUUGUGAAGCGAAAAUCAGCCUCACACAAAAUACCAGAUAACUUGCAAGCUGUGGUUCCUACAAAUGCUGAACCUCCUACACCAACAAAGUCCCUCCCUUCCAAGAUGGUGCGCAUGAAUUUUGGCAACAGCAGCUCACUUCUUUCAAAAGCAAAGAGAAAAACUUCAACCAAGGAAAAGACUUGUGUCACUCAUUAUCGGCAGCAAAGCACUCUACUAGCUGAAAGUCAUGUUAGCCAGUAUGCUUGCCAAAAGUGCAGUUUUCGUACUAGCCGCAUGGACAACCUUGUGCGACACAACAAGCAAGACUGUGCAUAUGUGAAGGACUUUUUCAGCUGGGAUGCGAACACUUUUACGGAAGCCACUCAAAUGCCCAAGAAGAGGUCUUUGUCACCAGCCGUAGUUUGUGUGAAUGAUGGCACCAAGGAAGCAAGCAAGUCUUCGUCUGCUAGGCGCAAAAGGCAUAUGCGAAAAUUUGAACGAAGCCCCAGAGCCCCAGAAAAGAAGAAACCAGCAACAGCAUCUCCAAGGUACAUCCAAAUAAUUGAGAUGCAUGGGGAGAGCUCUGAAGAUGACAAUGAUGCAUCUGUGUCUGAUGCCACACCACAGGAAAAAAUUGAGUUUGCUGAAGAUGACGUUGUUUGGGUGGAGUGGAAGCGUUUGCACUGGCCUGCUUUGGUUCUGAAAGUUUAUCCGAAGACUAGGAAAGCUAAAGUUUUUCUAAUUCAUUCAAUCACGGCAAAAGAGACUGCCUUAGUCAACAUUAAAAAGAUGUUUAACUUCAACAAUGCCGAGAGGAACAAACAGUUCUUGAAUGAAGGCCGUGUAGGGCACAACAGCGGUGCCUUGGUGAAAGCGGCACAAAAGGCUGAAGAAUUUCUCCGUAAACGAUGCCUUGGUAGCACUAUUGACGCCAAGAGAUUUUUCUGGGAUGAAGAAGGAGACACAUGUAGUACAGACAGCGAUGAUUUUGACUUGGACCCUUUUUGCCCAGAAGGCGAGGAUGAUGGGUUGGAUACAGUUGUUGCACGUAUCAAGGAAAAGCGAAAGCAACGCAACGAGAAGCUCGUCCAGUGCAUUAAAGAAGGAAAAGUAAAUGAUCAUUUGCUGGGUGUGCUCAAUGGCACAGUGCCAAGUGAACGCAACAAGUUAUUUUAUAGCACCAGUCGAAAUGAACACCUGCAACUCAAGGAUUGGUCAUGGUUUGGGCCUAUUGAAGAUGUCUCACAGCAAGAAGAGAUUUACGAGUUCUGCUUUGAGCUUCUGAAGGCAAACUCAGACUUGGGCCCUACUUUUGACAUUGCAUCUUAUGUCAUCGAGGUGUGGUGUCCCGAGGCAGUAAUGAAGGCUCUGAGCCUAACACGUGGCAUUAACAUGGACAAAGCAGAAGAAGUCCUGCUACGAGCUGUGAUUCAUACCAGGGCCGAGUUUGAGGCACACAGACAAGAGGUUUUCUCCACUCCUUUAGAUCCUGAAGUAGAGCGGGAACGUUCUGAGCGCAUGGAUACUGAAAUUCGUGACAGUGGCAUUGCAGAUGACAUUAUUGCUGCGCUCCUCUGAAAGGCUGCACAACCAUUUUGACUGCAGUUCUUUUGUGCAGAAUGCAUGUGCUUAAAGGGGUACUAACACAAAAAAAUUGAAUUUCGCUUUUUUGCUUUGCGAGAUAGCUGCCGACUCUGUAAUAGGGGUAUAGUGCCUAAAUUCCAUGAACAUGCAACAAAUCAUUAAUUAUAUCCUUUCUUAAUGCAUUCAGUUCAAAACAUGCCAAAAGCAAUGUGACUUCAUGGCAUAGGGUGUGUUAGCGGGCACUUUUUUUACACUAGAAAAUUAGAGGUAGUGUUCAGGUCAUAUUACAAGCGACUGGUACACAGAUCAGGCAGCCUGGUAGGCCAGGUGCAGUGGCCACAAGCCACACAAUGGCCGUGUCACUCAACGUUUCGCUUGCCACUUUGGUCAUUCAUGCCUCUUUUAUUCUGCACUUUGCAUUCUACACGGGUUCUCUGCUGUGAGUUCUCUUGGAACAAGCAGCACCCUUCUCACCUAUUAUCUCGUGUUAACCUUUCGGCUAGGUGAUCAAAGUGUACCUUUGACCACUGCACCGAUUUUCAUGACCUGUCGGAUGUUUGGGGGGGGGGGGGGGUGUAUUCUGUAAGAGUCCACCUAGUGGACUGUCCAUUUCGGCUGUCGCCGAUUGGCUCCAGCUGCACAAGCAAAAAAGAGACUGGCUGGCUUCUUCUCGCUCGUACAGCUGGAGCCAGUCACAACAGCCAAAAUGGACAGUCCACUAGGUGGACUCUUACAAAUACCGCUCCUGGUCAACACACCCACAGCAUCGCUCUAUUUGGGUUAUGGUUUGUUGCAUGUUUGAGAAAUGAAAGCCUCGUACUGCCGUUGCAAAAUUAUGGUUUGUUGCAUGUUUGAGAAAUUAAAGCCUCGUACUGUCAUUACGGAAUUAAUUCAUAGUUAACUAAAAAUAAGCAAAAGAAAAUGUUUUGUGUCAGUACUCUUUUAAUAUUAAGUUUUUGCUCUAUGUGUAUCCACACCUUUUAGAGUGCUUUCUAAGAAAACUCAUUGUGUGUGGCUGCAUAAACAUUUCUGUCCAUUCUUUUGUUUCCUACCACCAUAAUUCUAAUGCACAAAUUCUAUGAAAAUAUCAUUCAGUCUAACCACUCAGCUUUGAAAUAUUUGUUUUCUGGCUUUAGUGGGCACAGUAUUUCUGGCUUUUGUUUUGAAGUUUAAAAUUUGUGGCAUAAAAUGUUUGUUUUAUUUGAGUGUUUGUUUCUGCAGUUAAUAAAUUUUCUAAACAUUAAUUACUGCUUAUGUACGAUUCAAGUGAGUGGAUUUUCACUCUCUCUGCUUUUGCCCGUAUGUUAAGUGUUUUCUGUACCUUAAAACUUUUGUGUCUAGCACAUGGGUCAAAGAGUACUGUGUUUUGUCUACCCGCUGAACAAGUUGUGUAAGCCUCUUCCUCACUUGUUACUUCUCAGAAUUUACAUGUGCUUUUCCUCGGUUCAUUGGGGCACAUUUGGCUCAACAGCUGGUUUUAAUAAUUCAUGGCAAGUAGAUGCACGAUGUCUUUAGGUUAUUUUGUGCACUUGGCAAAGUUCUAAAUAUUUAUUUCUGCUUAUAGUUAGUGUAAAGUCAAAUGAAUUGUGUUUUGUCUUCUGGUGCAAUUUAUUGUUCCAUGUAAAAGAGCCAUUUCAAUUUCAGUAACCAGCUAAGGGGAAACAAUUUUGUAAGCAUGACUCAACAUCACUAUUUCCGGUAGUGGUUCCACUCCUCGUGUAUUCUUUUUCUUUAUCUCUGUGCAAUGUGGGGUUGCGUGAAUGGUCUUUACUAGAACUGUAUUUCUUGCUGCUCUUCCUCAAGGCCUUUACGUUGUGGGGUUGCGUGAAUUGUCUUUAUUAGAACUGUGUUUCUUGUUGCUCUUCCUCAAGGUCUUUACGUUGUGGGGUUGCGUGUAUGGUCUUUACUAGAUCUGUAUUUCUUGCUGCUCUACCUCAAGGCCAUCUAAUGAGUUUUUCCAGAUUUCCAGCCUUUGUUCAUAAUCAAGAUUUCAGUUCACUGGCAUGUUGGCUAGUGGUCAGCAGUAAUGCUUGUCUUAUUUGACUUCAAGAUGUUAAUGGCUUCCUAGCAGACUGUUUCAUAUUUUGACCUGGGGCCAGUUGCUUCAAGCACUUUACCUAUGGGUAAACUUGCCAUGGCAGUUGUAAAGCUUCAGGCAAGUGGCUGCAACUUUCUUCACAAUAAGUUGUCAAGUGACAGACCAGUGAUGCUGGCGUGAAGCUAUUGAUAUUUUUCAUUCAACAACUAGUUGUGCUGAAACUGCUACUUUUGCAAAGUUUUUUGACUGCGGAUAUAAUUAUACCCACGGGCAAUAUAUUGCUUCAUGCAAAUGGCCCAGCACAUUUAACACAUCAAAAGUGUAUGUGGCUAAUGUUAGUGCCCAGCUGCUGGGCAUACCUGAAUUGGCUUAUGUUUCCACAAAUUAGUGCAGAGUUUUGUGUUUUAUUCAUUUAUCUUAUCAAUACAUUGAUUCAUCUGAAAUUUACAUUGUGUGUGGCUAGUGCUGCCAGUUAGGCAAUGCUUGAAUGCUUAUGUACCUUUUAAAUUGCAUAUUUCAUCAAUACAUGUAAUGGUUAAUAAGUUACAUCAUGUAAAGUAUGGCUGGUGCUUUGUGAUUAUGUUAUUGAUUAUCUGAAUUGGUCUGUACAGGUGGUUCAAAUGAAUGCAAUAGACACCAUUAUUUUCAUCUCAUUAAUAUAUUCUUGUUCAUACUGCUAGAUUUUGACUGGCAGCUGAGCAUAUCACUGGUAUAUAUUUUCAUAAUUUUCUGAUUGCAGCAAGAAAUAAAAUAAAACUUAAAUGUAAACGAAUAUGUUCAGUUCACUUGGGCCACCAGUACACAUUUUCUCUCGAUAGCAGAGUUCCGCUAUCAGCUACUGUUUUUCUUUUCACCCAAAACCUGAAAUAUGCAGUAAACAGCUGCAAAUGACCAGCUUUACUGCAGUUCAUGUAGGUUUUUUUGGUUCAACAUAAACACUAUGCUGUCUAAGAAAUGAACUAUGUAUUCUGUUGCUUCUUGUAAAAGGUACUCGAGUGGUGCUUGAUUAAAAAUUAGCUGUUCCAUCAACAA